AACAUCAUGAAAAUGAUAAUAUACAGAGUGAUGAAAAUGAAGAGGAUUCAUCAGAUGAAAAUGACACUGAUUUAUCAGAUGAUGAUGAAAGAAAAAAGGAAGACAAAAACAAAUUUUUCACGUCAGUAAUUGAAGCAUUGGGUAAUUUUUAUGACAAUUAUGACAAAGAACAGACUAAAGCUAAGCGCAGAAAGAAAAAGAAAAAAACAAAAAGGACUGAUUAUAAUUUUGGAGACAAGGAAAAUAUUAUUUGCAAUCCUCCAACGUCUUUUUAUACAAAAAUUCCUGAAGAAGACACUAUUGAUAAAUUUUCAAAAACUUCCGACACUGUCGAAUUAAAAUUUAAUGAAAAAAAUGUUGCAAGUAAAAAAGUUGACAAGAAAGAUCAAAAAAAAGUCUAUGACCUUAUAUUGAAAGAUCAGCCAAAAACAGUUCAAAUAAUUAUCUCUGCGAUUGAUACAUCUAAUAGUUAUAUUGAUUACGUCUUGUCAACAUGGAAAAAUCCAUCUGAUUAUUAUAGCGAAAAAAAUGCAAUUCAAUGA